AUGUCGAAACGCCGCGACCUGGAGCAACCUUGCCUCCUCAACCAGUCUCUUCACUUUGACCAGACUACUUACCCAACCUACACGGAGGUUGUCGUCUUAAACAGGGACCGUCUGUAUCGCAAAGGAGACGUCCUUACCGUCAAGGUGGUGGCAAUAGACAAGAAAAGAAGGCCGAAGCCGUACGGAGGAGACUUUUUCCACACCAGACUGGUCAGCUGUGACCGUUCGCUACAGGCCAGUAGUGCCGGUCACGUUACUGACCAUUGUAAUGGUACCUACACCGUACAGUUCCCACUCUACUGGGUUGGGAACGUUUCGAUAAAGAUCCAGCUUGUCCAUCCAAGCGAGGCAGUGAAGAUCCUACAGAGUGUGCGACAAGUUCCGAACAAGAGAGACUUCCAUUGCACCUUCGUAGAGCUGACGACAAAGGCCUAUGAUACACGGCAAUGCUUCAGCUCUAACAACCCCAGUCUACCACCCCACAGACGGUGCGAUUUCUCCAAAUGGGAGGCAAACGGAACCUGGAUUUGUCAAAAACCUGAGAAACUACCGUGUUCCGCCAUCGCAAAGUGCCGAUGGAAGAAGUCAGACCUGAGCAGGGUACGGGACCUUGUGUCUCAAGAGGAAAUGAAACUUUUCCAAAAGCCAUAUCUUGAGAUGGAACUGAAAGUAAACCCUAAGGAGCCCAUACGAUUCCUUGAGGCAGAACUGCCCACACCAGAACACCUUCCAGCGUGUACCGGGAACGCGCGCGAGUCCGGAGCUUCGCUGGGACAUUGGUCAGGCAAGGUGUGGAAGUCAGCGGUCUGUAAUGUCCGAGUCUUCACUAAAGAAGACAUCCAGCAAUGCCUGGCCAACAAGACUGUGUACAUGCAAGGUGACUCCACCAUUAGACAAUGGAGCGAGCGUCUGAAGAAUGUGGUGCCACUGUACUACGAUAAUAACUCACCAGUUUUUCGAGUAGCAAACAACAACCAGUGGAACAUCUCAGUUCGCUACCGCUUUCAUCACUUUCCAGUUCAAGGAUCAGAUUGGAUUGAUUUUGACGACUCCCGUUACACUGUUGAUGAGCUAGACGCCACCCAAGGAGGACCAAACACCGUGGUAGUCUUAAGUCUGUGGGCUCACUUUACGGCUGAGCCGCUGGACAUGAUCCGGUCCCGUCUGUACGCCGUAGGGGGCGCUAUACACCGUCUCAUGCGUAGGAGUCCCGACACACAGGUCUUCGUGAGAACUGGGACGACGCGAGAACACGUAAAAGGGAAGUUGGAGUUUUACCUGCUUGCGAGCGACUGGCUGGCUUACGAGAUCACGGAGGUGAUACGAGAGGUGUUCCGGGCGGAUCCAGACGUGGUCGUGUUGGACACGUGGGACAUGAGCGUGUGUCAGCCGGGCAAGGACAACGUUCACCCAGAUCAAACAAUGGUGGACAAUCAAUUAAACAGGCUGUUUUCUCAUAUCUGCCCUAAGUAG